AUUUUAUGACGAAAUUAUAUGUUGGUGUCACUUUUUGCAGACACUUGUGGCAAGCUCUACUCUAAAAGAGUCUGUAACAUGUUUGCAUUGGUUUUUUUUUUAGAGUUACAGCACGCCAAGGUGUUGCACAAUAGCAAUAACUGAUUCCAUCUGGUUCCAUCUUUUGAGCAGGACAACAACUGGGCUCUCAUUUCUUUUAGUACAAGAAAAACUUUUUUCAUCAGUUUUUCCACAGUCACACAAAUACAGUUCUCCGUUAGGCAUACCCUGCCUUUCUUAUCUUCUCUCUGAGUGUUUUGUCCUUCUCUACAUGCCUCAGGUUGUUAAACUUGGUCACUGGCCUUCAGGGUGAAUUCUUGUGCCUUUGGAACACAUUGUAGACGUACUGGUGCAAUAAUCCAAAACUGAACACGAGCCUCCAGUAUUCUAACAAGAAUCAUGACGGCCAUCAACGCACCUCGGGACAAAUACAAUGCAGUAUGGAUCAUUUUCUUCAUCCUGGGCUUGGGAACCCUCUUACCGUGGAAUUUCUUCAUGACGGCAACAAUGUACUUCACCAGCAGACUGAAGGACCCGCCCACUGAGCUGUCCUCCAAUUGGACGGCUAACGUGACGGCUGGAGAACAUCGCAGUGUGCUGGAGUCCAAGUUUAACAACGUGAUGACACUGUGUGCCAUGGUGCCUCUGCUCAUUUUCACCUGUCUCAACUCCUUCAUACACCAGAGGAUUCCUCAGAAAUUGCGGAUCUUGGGCAGCUUGACAGUCAUCCUGGUGGUUUUUCUGCUGACAGCGGUGUUUGUCAAAGUGGAUGUGGACCCUCUGCCCUUCUUCGUCCUUACUAUGGUCAAAAUUGUCUGCAUCAACUCGUUCGGGGCAGUUUUCCAGGGCAGUCUGUUUGGGCUGGCAGGGAUUCUACCUGCCUCGUACACCACUCCCAUCAUGAGUGGGCAGGGACUGGCUGGCACCUUCGCUGCUUUCUCCAUGAUCUGCGCACUGGCCUCUGGAUCAGAAUUGCAGGACAGCGCUUUUGGUUACUUUAUCACAGCCUGUAUUGUGAUUCUUCUGGCUAUAAUGUCCUACCUCGCGCUUCCCAGGAUGGAGUUCUUCCAGUACUACAUGGAGACUAGUAGAGCCACACCAUCAGCUGAUGAGGAGAACAAGAUGGACUUACUAAAAAAAGAAAGUGUAGCUGAAAAGCGACCGGUGGUGAAUUUGAUGGAGGAUGAAACCAAACCCACCGUGUCUGUGUUUAACAUUUUUAGACAGAUCUGGGUGAUGGCUCUGUCUGUGUGCUUUAUCUUCACUGUCACCAUUGGAGUUUUUCCAGCCGUGACCGUUGAUGUCAAGUCGAUAGUUGCUAAUGGAAGUGCCUGGGAAAAGUACUUCAUCCCGGUGUCGUGUUUCCUUCUCUUCAACAUUAUGGACUGGGCUGGCAGGAGUCUGACGGCCGUUUGUAUGUGGCCGGGUAAAGACAGCAUCUGGCUUCCUAUUCUUGUGGGCCUGCGGGUCAUCUUCAUCCCCCUCUUCAUGCUCUGUAACGUCCAGCCUCGUGAAACUUUACAAACCGCGUGGUUCAGCCAUGACGCCUGGUACAUCAUCUUCAUGAUCUUCUUUUCCUUUUCCAAUGGAUACCUGGCCAGCCUCUGCAUGUGCUUUGGACCCAAGAAGGUGUCGCAACAUGAGGCAGAGACGGCGGGGGCCAUCAUGGCCUUCUUCUUGUCCCUUGGCUUGGCACUGGGAGCUGCCGUCUCCUUUGGUUUCCGGGCUGCGAUCUAAAACCUCCAGUAGAACCUCGAGUAGAUGUAGAUGGACCACCAUUCCCCUCCAACACAAUUCUGUAUGGGAGCAGUUUUCAGUAAGAGAAGAGACUGCACAGCAGAGACUCAUCUAGCUGACGAGAACUGUUUUUUUUCUCCAAACUGAGCAGCACGAUGUGCAAACUUGUGUUUCUCUUGUUUUUGUGGAUAUUUUCUAAUUGAUAACCACUGAUCAGACAGAUUAUUUGACUGCAAAUCAAAACCAAAAGUGUUAAAUAAGUUUUAAUGGACUUGAAGAGAGACCAGAGAUUCUUUAAGGUAUCUUUAAAACAGUGAACAAAGCCUCAGUCAUCAAAUGUUAUUUUAUAAAAAAAGAAUUUAGUUUUUAUAAAGCUUUCAAUAUUAAAAUGUCAAAUUUUCUUUCAGUCAUAUUUUUGAAGUAAUGUUUAAUAACACAGCUGUCAUUAAUGAGGUUUUUAGAGGGUGCUAUGUGGAUCAUUGAGUCAUUGAUAUGUUUGGACAUCAGACAUGAAAGGUGACCAUUAAUCACAUCGGACUGUUGCAGCCUUUAAUGCAGAUCAAGCCAAAUAAAUGAAGACAACACGGUAAAAUCUUGAACUCUGAAGGGAAACUCUGACCAUCACACAGCUAAUGAACUGCUUCACUCCUCUUCUCUGUGUUUUUACUGGGGUCGCUUUUGUUUCGUCAACAAAUGCGUCUGUAAACUCUCAAAGAAUGUAAAGAUGGACUGAAUCAUAAAGUGGAAGUUUUAAAUCUUUGUCUUGGAGAGAAUUUGUAGUUUUAGAUAAAAUGAUCUCACAUGUUACAGCAACAGUUAAAAUUGAAAAAAUGUAUCUACCUGAUGAAACGUGAGAUUUUGAUUGCUACGUGAAGAUGCAAGACAUGCAGCUGUCAGUGACGUUGCAUAAAAUGUGCCAUUGUGAGUGAGAUUGGAACUCUCAAAAAGAAAAAAAAAAACUUUUCUCUUAAAUGUUUUCAUGAAAAUGUUUUAUAGCAAGUGUAGUUUUUUUUUUUUUUUUUUUUUUUUACAAAAGAAAGAGAAGCCUGCUUUAAUUGUACACAUUAUUCAUAUACAUUGUAACAUCCUGCUGGUGUAAAAGCACUUCGGUGUACCCUUCCAUACUGUGUUUUGAAUUGGGGUGGGAGUCUUGACACAAGCCAUUAAUGUGCUGUAUUUCAAUAUAAAGUAAAUCUGUGGAUUUUUAA